AUGGCAGCUAGGCACCGGAAGGAUGUUACAGCUGAACGAUUUUUUUUCAAUCUGACAUGUAUGACUCAGUGGUUAGAGUGCGGAUUUACCGACCGGAAGGUCUGUGGUUCGAACCCAACUUUUGCCUUUGGACUUCCCCUGUCUAGGCUUGGGCAACCUGACCUCGUGCUUCCUUGGGGUAGCAUGGUAGCUAGGCACCGAAGGACACCACAGCUGAACGCUUUUUUCAUCACCGUCAUCAUCACCACCAACAGCAUAACAUCAGUGUUCAACACCGACUCUUUGCUGCCGUACACAAAUGUGAAACUUAUAACCAAAAUAUUUGAUGGGCUGAAUAUUCCACCACCCAAGAGGCAAAUCAACUUGAAGGUAAAAAAAAAGCGUCCAUCGGGUGCGACUUGUUACGUAGUCCCUCCGAAGAGAGACCAACCCUGUCAGGGGGGUCUACACCUUCCUCUCAUAUAA